AUGACGGCGGCAAGGCUGAUCAGAUUGUUGCCGAAACUUACAAAAGCAAGAGCUUCACUUUCUUCUCCAUCUCCUUCGUUCAAAUGUCUAUUUUCUUCCAACUCACCGUCUCCCCGCGACGUCGUUUCGAGCACUGCCGCCAACGUCGUUGAUCUGGGCGAAGAAGAAGAUGAUGACGUGCCCGUCUACAGUAACCCGACUGCUUCCGCGGCUGCGAAGAUCGUGCAACCCACUCUCCUUCAGCCAGGCGUCGUGGUGUACGAUGGGGUCUGCCAUCUCUGCCAUGGAGGGGUGAAGUGGGUGAUCAAAGCGGACAAGUACAGGAAGAUCAAAUUCUGUUGCGUUCAAUCGGAGACUGCUGAGCCUUACCUGAGAUUAUGUGGUCUGGAUCGAGAGGACGUUCUUCGUCGAUUCUUGUUUGUCGAAGGCCCCGGGCUUUACCACCAAGGCUCUACUGCUGCACUGAAAGUUUUGUCAUACUUGCCUCUCCCUUACUCUGCUUUGAGUGCUUUCAUGGUGAUCCCAACUCCUCUGAGAGAGAUGGUUUAUGAUUAUGUUGCCAAGCGGCGCUACGACAUCUUUGGCAAGUCUGAAGAUUGCUUAGUUUUGCGGGAAAAAGAGUUGUUAGAGCGUUUCAUUGAUAGGGAAGAGAUUAUGGAUCGAUCUCCACCAGAUUUGUAAUUAGCUCCCCGAGAGCUAAUCAUCAUCCACGUAUGUUUUGCUUACGAGUUGGAUGGAACGAAAUGAAAUAUGACUUUGUGUGUACAGCCUCAUGAAUUACAGCACUAUCCUGUUACAUGGAUCAAAACUUUUCAUAUUACCACGUUGUGAUGCAACAGUUUAGUCCUUCGUUGCAGCUUAGCUUCGGGGUACGCAUUUCUACAUUCUGCUUUCUUUUUA